GCGGUCUCCCAAGCUUCGCCUUUGCAUCGAUGGGCUCCACCCCUCGGCCACCGCUGGUCUACCACGCUCGCUUCCUCUUCUUCCCGCUUCUUAUCUUCUUCUCCUUGCCCAGGUCGUGGGCGUUGCAGAACUCGCCCAGUGAGCUCCUGGAAUCGGCUCGCGAGCCGGAGUUCUUCGAUUGGUUGACGGCUAUUCGGAGGCGGAUCCACCAGCACCCGGAGCUCGCCUUCGAGGAGUACAAGACGAGUGAAUUGAUCCGGUCCGAGCUCGACGCCCUCGGUAUUGAGUACGCCUGGCCGAUCUCUGGGACCGGAAUCGUGGCCUCCGUCGGCUCCGGCGGUGGCCCCGUCUUCUCUCUUAGGGCAGACAUGGAUGCUCUCCCAUUGCAGGAGCUUGUGGACUGGGAGUACAAAAGCAAAGUAAGUGGAAAAAUGCAUGCUUGUGGCCAUGAUGCUCAUGUAACAAUGCUUCUUGGGGCAGCUAAAUUGCUUCAACAUCGGAAGAACACAUUGAAGGGCACUGUAAAGCUUGUUUUCCAACCAGCAGAAGAGCGUGGUGCUGGUGCUUAUCAUAUGCUGCAAAGUGGUGCAAUAGAUGGUGUAGAGGCAAUCUUCACUUUGCAUGUUGAUUCUCGCCUGACAACUGGUGCUAUUGCUUCUCGACCUGGUCCUCUUCUUGCGGCAUCUGGACGUUUUGUAGUCACGAUCAAAGGAAAAGGUGGGCAUGCAGCACUUCCACAUCUAACAGUAGAUCCUAUUAUUCCUGCCUCCUUUGCAAUCCUCAGCCUUCAACUGCUUGUCUCGCGGGAGUCAGACCCACUUGAGAGUAGAGUUGUCUCUAUUGGGUUCAUGAAAGCCGGAGAAGCAUACAAUGUUAUUCCAGAGUCUGUGACUUUUGGUGGCACAUAUAGGAGCAUGACCACGGAGGGUCUCUUCGAACUCUCAAGAAGGAUUAAAGAGGUCAUAGAGACACAAGCUGCCGUACACCGUUGCACUGCCACAGUAGAUUUUAUGGAACAGGAACUAAGACCAUAUCCAGCAACGGUGAAUGAUGAACGAAUAUACGCCCAUGCUAGAAGGGUGGGGGAGAGCCUGCUUGGGAAAGACAAUGUCCAUGAGAGCCUACCAACCAUGGCUGCAGAGGACUUUAGCUUCUUUUCACAACGGAUGCCGAGUGCUUUGUUCUGGCUUGGAAUAAAAAAUCAGACACUGGGGCCAGGUUACCCAUUGCAUUCUCCCCACUUCUUUCUUGAUGAGCAGGCACUUCCAAUAGGAGCUGCUUUCCAUGCGUCAGUAGCAAAGGCUUACCUGGACCACCACUCCACGGUGGUAUAAAUUCCAAUUGAGAACUACACACUGGCCAUCUUCUGAGUUGAGUGCUUCACCUUCGGUGGAAAAGCUUCUUUGCCCUUUGCCCAACUUCAGACUGAGUUGCCCUUCUCUCCAAGAUUGGCAUAGUGGGACAGAAGCCUAUGGACCCAAGCGCAGAUGAUAAAGGUGCCAAUUAACUCUAUCUACCAUCUUAAAGUAUGAUGGUAUGAUUUUGUAAUACCAGAAUCUAAUUUCUCAUGGGAACGAAUCAUAUUCAUGCACCUUCACAUUUGAUAUAUCAGUAUACUUUACAAAUGA